AGUAGGCAAAGAAUGUAGACACGCCUUGGAAGUGAUAAGAUCGCACCCCGGCCUGUACUUGUAUAAAAGCCUCUCGGUCAGUUGUUUCAUAUGGAGACCCGCCACUGCACACAGCUCACUCACUGACAUCUUCCUGGUCACUACAAUGACUUCACUCAGAGUCCUCGGUGUUCUUGUUGCCCUCGGUCUGAUCUCGGUCAUCGUGGGGUCAGAGGAGAGACGAAAGCGAGACGUAUGCACAGAUCACUCUAACGGAUGCAGUAUCCCGGGUAACCUCCCCUUCUUCUACAAGGCCACCUUCACGCCCUCUUGCGACCGUCAUGAUGUUUGUUAUCGUUGUGGGGCGAUGGCUGGAAUCAGCAGAAGCCAGUGCGACUCCUACUUCCACGCCAACAUGUUGCGCGCAUGCGCGGCAAUUGCCCGACGUCGUGACGCGUUGUCGCGCGAGGAGCGCAGCGCCUGUACGUCUGCUGCUGAGGUCUACUACUCGGCCGUCCACCUGGCGGGGGCCUUGUUCUACAAAAAUGCCGGCAGCACCGAGCCCUACUGCACCACCUCCCUCAUCCACUCCUGUGUGCCGUGAACUCUGUGAAUAAAGUCAGACUGUGGACGUCCA